AUGGAAGUCGAACCAUCACAGCCCACCGUGCCAUACGACCGCGAGGCCGUAUACACCGCACUGACGCAGUUCGACGAGUCAGACGCCGAAUUCCAAGCGGGCAUCCAAACCAUCAUUGGGCCCAUGCAAUCGUCAGGUGUCGCGCCGGAACAGAUCGAAGAGACGAAGCGCAGAGCCAAGGUGUUCUUCUGGUCGCAAAAGACGGGCAACCAGGUGGACUAUGCGGACUACAAGGCGUGGUUGGCGACGCAGUCCUCGAUACCGGCGGCGAGUGGGGCGGUGGGCGGGGCAGCAGUGGCAGCACAGGCCGAGACGGCGGACAAGGAGGACAAGGAGCCGUAUCCCGCAUCGUUCGACGCGAUCGUCGAGCUCAUCACGACGGGCAAGACAGAUCAGAUUCCGGGCAUCAGAGACAUUCCACUCAAGAUCAACGAAGAGCCUCCAACGCAGGCCAGCAUGGACAGACCACUCAAGCCGUGGGAGAAGACCGGCGCUUCGACGGAAGAUCCGACACAAGCAGUCACAACGACACAACCAGAAAGCAUGCAGCAGUCAUAG